AGAGCAGAGAGGAUCGUUUCACCGCAAAACUCACUCACUCAAUCAUAAAAAAACUCACUCAGUCAUAAUAAAGACCGUGCUAAUCGCGUCAGACUCGUCACGAGCUCGGGAAUAACGAUGUCAGGACUGUGGAGGCUGUCAUUCUGCGUGUCUGGGAGUUUGUUUAUAACUUUUCUUACCCUGGCGAUGUCGAGCUCCUCAUCCGUCAGUCAUAAGUCUCUCCAGAUCAGUCAUCAACCUAUUUAUCCUCCACAAAACAGGAGCAAAACACACAGAUACAGAAACCACAGCAGAAUACACAUCGAUUUAAAAGGGCCCAACGUUUGUGGCAGCAGGUGUUGUCAUUCAUGGCUUGUCAACCCCAAGACAAAACAGUGCACAAAACCGAGAUGUCACCCGCGAUGCCAUAACAGAGCAGUGUGUGGUCUUCUGAACGUCUGCCAGUGUCGUCCAGGCUUCCACGGCCAUCGCUGUGAACAUGUGAACGUCACAGAAGCACUGAGCUCAUGGACUGAAACACACACUUCUGCUCCUGCUGCUCUGUCAUUCACCACUGUGACCCCUGACCUCUCCAGAUCUGCCAAUACAGAUGCUAGAAAAACAUACUCAUUACACUGGCAGCCGCCCAGGUUAAAGGAGUCGCAGUCUGUCCUGUUGAAGAGAGCUCUGUCCAGUGGAAUGGCCGGACAGAAGAUCACUAAUGUUAUUCUGCAAUACAUCGAGUCUGAGCGAAGGAAACUGGAGACUUCAUCCUCUGCGGGAGCGACUAAAGUCUCCAGCACCAAAACUUUCCACAGUCAGCGUGGCCAGUACAAGCUCAUCUACAGCGCAGCCUCCGCUCAGCUCUCCUCGUCCGGGCAGCGGUCGGCGGUGGUCCGCGGAGGGUCGGAGCGGAUUAAAGUGCUCUUCACUCCCACCAUCUGCAGGCUGCGCUGCACUCAGGGACGCUGCACAAACUACUGCGAGAGCGGCAACGUCACCACCAUCUACAACAGCGAGCGCGGGGGACACACGCCAGCGGGGUCCGGCUUCAGAGUCUUCUUGUGUCCGAUGUUGUGUAAGAACGGAGGAGUGUGUGUUCAGAAGGAUCAGUGUCACUGUCCGCCAAAUUUCACCGGGAAGUUCUGCCACAUCCCCGUCUCCACCACCACCUCCACCAAUGACAUCGAAAAGCCAGAGUCAGGUGCUGCGGAUUCAGCCAAUCAGGCGAUGACGUCCGAAUAUAUCCUGCCGCUUCAGACGCCUGAGCAGAUCAACACUGAUGUUUCCCCAAUGGUGAAGGUUCGAGUCCAGCAUCCUCCAGAAGCCAGUGUGAAAAUCCACCAGGUGCUGAAAGUGGGUUACGGCCCAACAGUUCACGAACACUCAGAAACCGUAACCUGGUCCGCGGGUCUUUCUGGGGCACGUUCACAUCAGUUACCGGGAGAAAGAUCUGAGGCGCCGCCACCGCGCAUCAUUCAAGCCCAGACCAUACGUGGAGAUUCAGUCUACACAGAGUCAUCCGGCUUCAAAUACUGCUUCAGAGAAGUCCGCAAUGGACAGUGCAGUUCUCCUCUGCCGGGUCUGCGCAGUCAGGAGAUGUGCUGCAGGGGUGUCGGGAAGGCCUGGGGAAUCAACGAGUGUACGCUCUGUCCCGCCAUCUCAGGGAACAGUGUGAAUGGUCAGGCCAGCUGCCCGAAAGGUUUCGACAGGGUUAACGGGACGCAGUGUGUGGAUAUUAACGAGUGUUUGCAGCCGGGUUUCUGUGAAAACGGGAACUGUGUAAACACCCGAGGAAGCUACAGUUGUGUCUGCAAUGAGGGAUUCUUGCUGGACGCCUCUCAUGGGAUCUGCAUCUCGCAGAAGGUGAUCUCGGAGGAGAAGGACCAGUGUUUUCGGAUCCUGAAUCAGGGCGCCUGUUCUCUGCCCAUCCUGAGAAACAUCACCAAGCAGAUCUGCUGCUGCAGUCGGGUGGGAAAAGCCUGGGGGAAAAAGUGCGAGUUAUGCCCGUUCUUCGGCUCAGCUGCCUUCAAGGAGAUCUGUCCUGCCGGACCGGGCUACCAUUAUUCAGCUUCGGCGGUCAAGAUUAACCAAAGGGUCGCUGAUAUUGUAGACAGCAGCGGGACAAAUGUGCGUACAUCCACACAAGACAAACAAACCCAACCUGAGAGCUCCAGAACAAACUCACAGUCCACCAGAACCCAGCAAACCAGCAACACGCACACCAUCAGAGUCCAGCAACCCUCAAUCUCUCAGUCGAGCAGACCACAGCAGCCGGACACGGGUUCGGUUAUCAUCAUAACUCAACCCAAACUAAACCAGCCAACAGCCGGCAGGACCACAAACAUACAUGCUGGGAAUUCACCAUCAUCCACCAGCCAACCGGCCCGAGUGAACACACCUGUCAUCCGGACGCAAACCAGCCGACCUUCGGUUAACAGACAGCCGGUGUCUCCAGUCAGACCUCCACCCGUUACACCGCGGCCUCCUCCAACCAGACAGGACGUGCGUGUGUGUGAGUCGAGACCUCAGGUGUGUGGUCCGGGCCGCUGCAUUGACCUGCCAGGCGGUCGACACACAUGUGUGUGUAACACUGGAUUCAUCCUCAAUCCUCAACAAGGCCACUGCCAAGACAAAAACGAGUGUGUGUUGACGCCCCGGCCGUGUUCUGUGGGGGAGUGUGUGAAUACACCCGGCAGCUUCAGAUGUGUGUGUCCAGCAGGAUACCAGACCAACUCCCAGCAGACCCUCUGUGUCGAUCUGGACGAGUGCCGUCAGGUGCCCAAUCCCUGUAUUAACGGCCGCUGUGAAAACACACUCGGCAGCUUCAGGUGUGUGUGCAGGACUGGAUACAAACUACAGGACAACAGCUGCAUAGACAUCGAUGAGUGUGUGGACCCGCUCCGCUGUCCGGGUAAGGAGUGUGUGAACUCGCAGGGCUCGUACAGGUGUGUGUCCUGUAGACCUGGCUUUGAUCUGCUCAAUGGACAGUGCUCAGAUAUUGAUGAAUGUCGCCGGACGCCGUCUCCGUGUCCAGACGGACGCUGUGAAAACACAGCAGGCAGCUUCAGAUGCUCAUGCCGGACGGGAUACAGACUCCAGGCCAACACCUGUGUGGAUGUGAACGAGUGUGAAGAUCCGUCACAGUGUCCUGGUCAGGAGUGUUUGAACUCUCAGGGAUCGUAUCGGUGUGUGUCCUGCAGACCUGGAUUUGGUCUGAGAAAUGGAGCCUGUUCAGAUAUUGAUGAGUGCCGUCAGACACCUUCUCCAUGUCAGAACGGGCUGUGUGAAAACACACUCGGCAGCUUUAGGUGUGUGUGCAGGACUGGAUACAGACUUCAGGGUGGCACCUGUACAGAUGUGAACGAGUGUGAAGAUCCGUCACAGUGUCCUGGUCAGGAGUGUUUGAACUCUCAGGGAUCGUAUCGGUGUGUGUCCUGCAGACCUGGAUUUGGUCUGAGAAAUGGAGCCUGUUCAGAUAUCGAUGAGUGCCGUCAGACUCCCGAUCUGUGUGUUAACGGUCGCUGUGAGAAUACGAUGGGAAGCUACAGCUGUUCCUGUCGCCCUGGAUUCAGACUGGAGGAAAACAUCUGCAAAGAUGUGAACGAGUGUGAAAAUGAGCUUCAGUGUCCAGGAAUGGAGUGUGUGAACUCGGUCGGGUCUUUCAAGUGUGUGUCCUGUAAGCCGGGAUUUCAGCUUCUUGAUGGCCAGUGCCAAGAUGUAGACGAAUGCAGUCGUACGCCGAGGCGCUGCACUAACGGUCAGUGUAAAAACACUCCGGGCAGCUUCAGAUGUGUGUGUGACGUGGGUUUCCACCUCCAGGAUGGCGUCUGCACAGACAUGGACGAGUGUGUGGACCCGCUGCAGUGUCCCGGUCAGCAGUGCAUUAAUUCUCCAGGAUCAUAUAAGUGUGUUCCCUGCAGAGACGGACACAGCAUGCAGAGCGGACGCUGCACAGACAUUGAUGAGUGUGUGAGUGAUCAAGUGUGUGGCGCUCAGAGUGUGUGUGUGAACACGGAUGGCUCAUAUCGCUGCGACUGCGCACCGGGAUACAGAGCGGCAGGAGCAGGACGACAGUGCAGAGACAUUAACGAGUGUCUUGAAGGAGAUUUCUGCUUUCCCAGAGGAGAGUGUGUGAACACAGACGGCUCAUACAAGUGUGUUUGCUCACAAGGCUACAAGAGCGUCGCUAACGGGACGUCCUGCCAAGAUGUGGAUGAAUGUGCUCUGGAUGGAGUUUGUCAGGACGGCCGCUGCUCCAACACUGAAGGGUCAUUCCUGUGUCACAUGUGAAUGAGUGUCAGGACUCGACAGGACUGAUAUGUGGAUCUCAGCGCUGUGAAAACACCAUUGGUUCCUUCCACUGCGUGGCGUCGUGUGAGCCCGGUUAUCAGAUCACCAGCACUGCAGAGUGCGUGGACGUGAACGAGUGUGCCAACGAGACGGUGUGUGGAGCUCAUGCCUUCUGCCAGAACCUCAUCGGCACCUACCACUGUCUGUGCGACCAGGGUUACGAGUCCACCGGAGAUGGCAAGAUCUGUGUGGACAUAAACGAGUGUGAGGCGAUGCAGGGUGUGUGUGGAUCUGCGCGCUGCUGGAAUGUCGAGGGCUCGUUCACGUGUGAAUGUGAGAACGGACAGGAGGAAUUUGACCCUAUUGCUGGCCGCUGUUUGAGCAGAGAGGGCACAGGUGUAUCAGGAUCAUCAGGCAGAUCCUCCUUCUCCUCGUCUGGCAGUGUAUCAUCAGCAUCUGCGUCUAGAUCUCUGCCUCAGUCUCGUCCUGGAGAACAGAAGGAGUGUUACUACGGUAUUUCCCAGCCGUACUCCUGUAAGAUUCUGGCUGUGAACACCACACUGCAGGAGUGUUGCUGCACCGCUGGACAGGGCUGGGGACUCAUGUGCAAAUAUGACAUCUGUCCUGAAGCGGGAACAGCUGAAUUCCAGACACUCUGUCCCAAUGGAAAAGGCUACGUCACCACAGAAGCUGGAGCGUUCAACUACAAGGAUGUGGACGAGUGUAAGCUGUUUGAUCCGGAGGUGUGUAAAGGCGGUACGUGUGUUAACAAUAUACCCGGAUACGCCUGUUACUGUCGCAGCGGAUCCUACUAUGACACGGAGCUGCUGGAGUGCACCGAUAAUGAUGAGUGUGAGAGUGAGGACACCUGCAGUGGUGGACGGUGUGUUAACACACAGGGAACGUUUUACUGUACUUGUGAGCCCCCUUUAGUGCUGGACGACACACAGCGCAACUGUGUUAAUGCAAGCGGACUCACUGAGGAUGAGAGCCUGAACUUCUGCUGGCGUCAUGUGACGGCCGGUCUGGUGUGUCAGAGUCCUCUGUUAGGAGCUCAGCUGAGCUUCUCUGAGUGCUGCUGUCUAUAUGGAGAGGCCUGGGGGCUGCAGUGCGCACUCUGCCCCCGCAGGGACGAAGAGGCGUAUGAAGCUCUGUGUAAUGAGUUCGGUCCUCCUCCUUACUCUCCUCGAUAUUACGAGCGCUUCGGCCCGGGGCCUUUACCUGGCAGAGGAGGAUACCUGCCGCCGUACGGCCCACCUGAGUUCCCUGAGCUCCUGCCAGGACGUCCCGACUACAUUCCUACUGACUAUGAUGACUACAGUCCUGCAGGAGGACGCAGGUCUGGACUGAGAGAACGAACUCCAGGUUCAUACGGGCUCCCAGACCCAUCCUACAGACAGCCGGCGCCAGGCGGUGUUCGUUAUUAUGAGGAUGAUUAUGAUCCGGCCCCGGGCCCUCCAUUCGGAGUCCCGGACCCUCGCGGCGAGCGGAUGUUUGAUGCGCGACCCCUGCCGCCCCGUGCAGACGGCCGUCCUCUGAGUUUGGCUCCACUUCCAGAAAACUCCCCAUACAGUGAGGCAGAGGAGGCGGAGUCAUGGAGAGCCCCGCCCCCUUUCCCGAUGUUCCCAGACCGACGGGAGGGGCCACGAAGACUCUAUGAGCGUCGAUAUGAUUCCUAUGGCAGCCUGAGUUCAGAAGAGUGUGGGAUUGUCCGUGGCUGUGAGAAUGGUCGCUGUAUCCGAGUUGAGGAAGGUUACACAUGUGACUGUUAUGAUGGAUAUCAGCUGGACAUCACCACCAUGACAUGCAUCGAUGUGGAUGAGUGUGAAGAUGAAGACUCGCUGGACUGCAUUAACGGCCGCUGUGUGAACACGGAGGGAUCGUACAGGUGUGUGUGUCUCAGGGGUUUCAUCCUGUCCCGCAGACCAAACCACUGCAUCCCUGCCUGAGGACUGCACCACUUCAGAGACUCGCUCCGGUUCUUUCCACACCAUGUUGAUGUAAAUGGUUUAUUGUAUGACAGUACUUGUGUGUAUAUCCAAAAGUUCAAUACUGAAGCUUUACACACACACACACACACACACACACACACACACACACACACACACACACACACACACACACACACACACACAAGGCUCCAUAAUCAGGGGUUGGAGCACGUACAGGAGUGCUGAAGCCCCAUUGUGUUUGUAAUGCUGCGUUCACAGCAGAUGCGGAACGCGCGUCAAGCGUGAGUGAUUUACUUGUUAAGUCAAUGCAAACGCACGAAUAGACAUCCUGUGGCACGAAUGACGCAAAAUGCAUGAAUGGCGCGGCGCGAAUUGAUCAUUUUGUGUGUUUAACGCGAGAAUCGCUCGUAUUCGAAUAUUUGAACUUCAUCGGACAUUCGCGCCACGUUAACUAAUCAGGAGCUUGCUCUUGUGGGGGCGUGAUUAUGACGCCUGUUGUAGGUGUCCCGGGGGAAAUCCUCCAGCAGACACCGACAAAAAGUUCAUCAAACUGGGCUCGGCUCAGUCAGAAGCACAGCUGAAAGCCUCCGUCAUCCAGGUCCAGUUUCUGGAGGAGUUUAUGAGCUCAUAGAGAUGGAUGCACCUCUGGAAGAAUCUAGUGGACUCAGACACGGCCCUAAACGUAUCGACGCUGGUUUUCAGACUUUAUAAAGCACAUAAACACUGUUAUAUUCUUCGUAAAAUCCAUGUUAGCCAUUUAGCAACAAAGCUAGAGUCACCGGGCAGACAGAAGCCCUGCCCAUCACGCGAAUCCACGUCUGUUCUGACGAGAAGUGAAUUUGAUGCGCGAAUGAAGCAGGAUUUGACGAAUUAAAUGUUCACGUGGCUAUUUACGUGCGAUUUAUCCGCACGUUCUGCGUCUGGUGUGAACACAGCAUUAGGAUUCUACUAAACAUUCUCUGUUUUCAUUGGCUGGACUAAAUGUGUGUUUUAAAAACUACUCGAGCUAGCAACAAACGUAUUUUGUUUACUCAGAUUUUAUAUUUAUAUAUAUCCACAUCAAUGAAGGCAUUUCUUCUACACUAUCUAUAAAAGUAUAUAUUUUUGUCAUAUAUAAAUGUCCGAGAAUUUCACCAUGUUACUAUUUGAUACUGUAAAAUCUCUUUAUUUGCGUGUGUGUGUGUGUCACGUAACAAAAUGCACUGUAUCUGUGGUGGAAAAGCAAGUGUGUGUGUGUUCACACUCUGCUAUUGUACAUUUCUGAGUUUGUUACAUAUUUGUAUGUGUACGUGUUCGAUAUCUUCUAUGUGGAAGGCGUUUGGAAAUAUAUUUGCACACAUUCCGAUGAU